UAUCGCCUUCAGGGUCCCGGCUGGACCCUCCCCGUCUGCCGCCGCUCUCGCCAGUCCGCGCCCCCGGCAGUCUGGAGGAGAGGCAGGCCUCGGGGAUGCGGGAGCUGGGUAGGGCCGGCCUGGAGCUAAGGGACAGGCCGGAUCCACGCGGCCCCGGAUGCGUGCGUUGGAAGGGGCACGUCCGUCGGGGGAGGGGUUCGACUCUGGUUGCAGUGGUUUAUUCUUCGUGUGGUCUGUUUGAUAGACCCAGGGAGUUCGGGCCGCCAGGGGCACGAGGUGGCUGAGGUGGUCGCUCCGGCAGGGUGGGGGCGGGCGCGGUCAGAACGUAGAGGGCGACCCCCGCUUUAUGUCUGCCGACUUUAUGUCUAGCUGGAGAACCACAGUUCUGUGGACCGGCUGCUGAAAGCAGGGUCCCUGUGGACCCGGGGGUCUGCUUGUCGGUGUUGAUGCAUAUGCUCCUGCACUGGGAGGUGGCCAGAAUGCCAAUGAGUUGCAGUGGGACACAGUUGUCACUAGGCCGCAGAUAGUCUCUGGCCAUGCAUGGCCACACUCUCCAUUAUGCAGGUAAACUAGUAAAUAGGGCUCAAAACUCAUCUUGUCGAUCCAGAAGUUGCUGCCAGUAAGGCUGCCUGUAAGGACUCGGGUUCCCUUGUGGACCUUUUAACAGAAUUUUAGGGAAGUCAGGGCUGGUGACAUGGGCAUAGGCUAAAAGAGCCAUCUGCAGCCUUUUCUCCCCAGGCUGGCCUUGGGGUCACUGCCAGACCCUUUAACUUACUGGGUUCCCACUUCCAGCAUGUCCUUUCCUUAGGGUUCCUCAGUUUGCUGUAGAGUCUCCUUCAGGCAACAUUGCACAAACCUCCUAGGUUUUAUAGUUGUACACUCAGGGAGUGAUCUUUUCCAUGUUUUGGGGGCUGGUGGGCGUGAGGAGCAGUAUCAUUGGUGGGACAGAAGGAUGAUGGGACUGGGUUUUCAGAGACAGUGACAAAUCUCGCUCUAGACAUGUUGAAUCUGAGAUGACAUCUAGAAUCUGGGUGAAGAGUUAGAAGGAAGGUGGGUACCUAGGAACCAAAGUAACAUGGAGGAAGAUUUAAGAGCAGAAGUUCAGACUGAACCUUAAGGAGAAAGCACCUACUCAAGGAAUCUGUGGAAAGAGUUAGAAUUGGCAAAGCAGAAGAAAUGAAGAUAAUGUGGGGUCUCAUGGAGGCUUGGGAUAGCAUGAGGUGAAAUUUUCAUGUUGCUGCAGUGGAAAGAUCUAGAAGCUGUUUUUGGAAAGAUGGAAAGUGGUGCAGUUCUGCUGGAAUCCAAAUCUUCGCCAUUUAACCUUCUGCAUGAAAUGCAUGAGCUCCGCCUUCUGGGUCACCUGUGUGAUGUCACAGUCAGUGUGGAGUAUCAGGGUGUCCGGAAAGACUUUGUAGCCCAUAAAGCAGUGCUGGCAGCCACCAGCAAGUUUUUUAAGGAAAUGUUCCUUAAUGAUAAGAGUGAGGAUGGUACCAGAACUAAUGUCUACUUAAAUGAAGUACAAGUUGUUGACUUUGCUUCAUUUCUGGAGUUUGUCUAUACUGCCAAGGUACAGGUGGAAGAAGAUCGGGUACAGCGGAUGCUGGAAAUGGCUGAAAAGCUAAAAUGUUUGGACCUUUCAGAAACUUGUUUCCAGUUAAAGAAACAAAUGUUAGAGUCAGUCCUUUUGGAAUUACAGAAUUUCUCUGAAUCUCAGGAGGCAGAGGUGAGCAAUGGCUCACAGGUAGGUGUUGCUCCAGGCUCUACAGCAAGUGCAGCCCUGGAUGGUGCUCACUCCAAUGGCCUUGUGGAUUCCCCAGAUUCCCCAGUGGAGAGAAUCAGCAAUGGCAUGUCACCUGAUAUGCCACUGAGGAAGUCUAAGGAGAAACUAGACAAAAAGAAAGAUGUGGCUAAGCCUCCCUACCCUAAAAUCAGAAGAGCUAGUGGAAGGCUGGCUGGAAGAAAGGUAUUUGUGGAAAUCCCUAAAAAGAAGUAUACAAGAAGACUCCGGGAGCAGCAAAAAAGUGCUGGGGAUGAAGCUGAGAAUUAUACAUUUUCCCAGGACCAAAGCCCAGACAGUGUGGAACCAGAGAUGGAACCAGUUGCAGAAAUCCAGGAUGGCAGUACCAGUGUGGAGUUGGAGGAAGUGCCGCCAAAAGCAGCUGGGGAGGAGGAGGAAGAGGAGGAAGAGGGGGAAGAGGGAGAGAAGAAGAAGAAGAGCAACUUUCAGUGUACUAUCUGUGAGAAAGCAUUUCUAUAUGAGAAGAGCUUCCUGAAGCACAUCAAGCACCACCAUGGCGUUGCCACUGAGGUGGUGUACCGCUGUGACACCUGCUGCCAGACAUUCGCCAACCGCUGCAACCUGAAGAGCCAUCAGCGCCAUGUGCAUAGCAGUGAGCGCCACUUCCCGUGUGAGCUGUGUGGCAAGAAGUUCAAGCGCAAGAAGGAUGUAAAGCGGCAUGUGGUACAGGUGCACGAGGGCGGUGGUGAGAGGCACCGCUGUGUCCAGUGCGGCAAGGGCCUGAGCUCCAAGACGGCGCUGAGGCUCCAUGAACGGACACACACAGGCGACAGGCCCUACAGCUGCACAGAGUGUGGUGCCAAGUUCUCACAGCCCUCAGCGCUCAAGACCCACAUGAGAAUUCAUACAGGGGAAAAACCUUUUGUCUGUGAUGAAUGUGGUGCAAGAUUCACUCAGAACCACAUGCUGAUUUAUCAUAAAAGGUGCCACACAGGUGAAAGGCCUUUUAUGUGUGAAACAUGUGGCAAGAGUUUUGCGUCUAAAGAGUACUUAAAACACCACAAUAGAAUCCAUACUGGAUCCAAACCCUUCAAAUGUGAAGUAUGUUUCAGGACUUUUGCCCAGCGGAAUUCACUUUACCAGCAUAAUAAAGUCCAUACAGGGGAGCGGCCAUAUUGUUGUGACCAGUGCGGAAAGCAGUUCACCCAGCUCAACGCCCUCCAGCGCCACCAUCGCAUUCACACUGGAGAGAAGCCAUUCAUGUGUAAUGCAUGUGGACGGACAUUUACUGACAAGUCCACUCUCCGGAGGCACACCACAAUACACGAUAAGAAUACUCCAUGGAAGUCUUUCCUUGUUAUUGUAGAUGGUUCACCCAAAAAUGAUGAAGAACACAAGAUGGAACAGCCUGAUGAAGAAUAUGCAUCACCCAAACUUCCAGAUAAAUUGCUGUCUUUUGCAGAAAAUGGCCAUUUUCACAACCUGGCCACAGUCCAAGGUGGUGUGCCUACUGUGCCUGAGAACAGUUCUGCAGACAUAGUCUGCAAAGUGGAGGACCCCGUGGUGUCCCAGGACUCUCUGCUUGCCACCACCAUCAGUGAGCUUAGCGAGCUGACUCCACAGACAGAUUCAGUACCCACACAGCUUCCCUCUUUGACCAAUAUGGAGUAGGAGCUUGAAGUUGUGUGCCAAGCAGUCUUUGUGUGUGAUAGCUACACUCUAGACGAUGCCAGGGGCUAAGAGAAAGAAUUGAAUGUGUGCAAAGAUGCAGGCAAGAGUGACCUCUGCAGAUAUUCCUAAACUUCCACUAACUUGCACGCCUUUAUCACAGCAGUUUUUUAAAGCUAUCCCUUAAAAAUCCUGAUCUGCAUGAUCUCAGCUACACUUUGUCGACAAAGACAGUUAACAUAAGCUCACUUAAUUCUGGUGUAUACUGUAUGCACUAAUCAUCCUAAUGCUUGAUUCUCUUGAUGUUUAGAUGACUGCUUGUCUUAAUUGCAGAGUACAGAGCAUUGACCCAGCUCAUGAAAUUGCUGUUAAUGGUCUUCCCGGUCUUGCCCUGCCUUAUACUUCCAUGUGUGUUUACUUCUUUUGAUUCUUUUGAGGUAUUUUUCUACAAGCUGAAAUAAAAUUGGGGCCAUGUAUUUUCAGCUAUUUCUUCCUUGUUGAGUUGAAACAAAUCAGAUUUGCUCUGGGGAGCCCUUGAAUGGGACUGAAGAAAUGUGUUAUUGCAUUCAUUCCUCCUCAACACCCUAUCUGUAGGCACGAAAAAAGGAAUAACAAAUUGAACACUUGCAAAACUUUGUAUAUCUGUACUCAUAGCACAUAUAGAGGUAGGGAAUUUGUCAUAAAAUCAACUUUUGAAAUGAGAUGUGGCUGUUCAGUUUCAUUCUUAAAAACUGGAUUAGGUUAAGAGCUAUUCUACCAAAGAGUCUAGCCAAACUGUGUAGUAUUUUUUACAGAGUUGUGAAAAAUGAAGAGGCUUUAGAAAGCACUUGAACAUUGGGUAGUCAUUUUAUUCACAAAUAGCAAAAUGAGAUGAUUGUGGCAAAUCUUAGAAUGCAGAAUAUUAGUAUUUUUGCUAGGUUUUCCUCUAUUUCUAUAAUUUCCAGAAACCCAGACUUCCUCAUUUCCACAUCAGGAGGUUGAAAUGAUUGCCACAAAUCUGCUUCCUUGGGAGCAUGCAAGAAUCUGGAAGGGACCAAAAGCCUUGGCACAUUCAUCUCUGAUAUGCCUUAAUGAGCAGAUGAUAUAGAACCAGUACUGUCUUAAAUGCUCCUUUGGCUUUCUCAUGCUGGACUUAAUUAUUGCUCAGAAAAAUUCAGUGAAAAGAGGAUUCUGUUGUAUUUACUACUCCUGACAUUUGGUUCCAGGGCCUUGGGUGUGUGGUAUGUGCUUGUGAAAUGCUUUGAUUCCACAUGUAAUCCUUAAACAUUAAUUUUAAGAGUGCUUUAAAGGAGCAUUACUGUUUACUAGUUGCUUUCUCCCAGAUGUUAAUUUAUUAAAUUUUCCUGUGAAGACACUGAUUUUCUUAAGAGGAAGGUACCUUGUUCUUAAGCUCCAUAAUGAAGACAGAGCUGCAGUAUGACAAAUUGAGGGAAGCUUUUCUUCCUCCCUGCUCAUUUUGUGUUAACAUGUUCAAGUAAUUAGUGAAGUCGCUUCGAGGUGUUUCAGGCCCUGUUUCACACUGCUCUUGAAGGUCACAGGACUGAAUUACUCCAAAUUCAGUUACGACCACAUCAUCGUAUCCUAGUUGUGUUUACAGAACCAAAAAACAGUGACUGUCAUACAAACAUUUUUAAUCUUGGUGAAGAAGACUGAACCUGCUCAACCCAUGUACUGUUUAUGGAAUAAAGUCAUCCUGAGAAGGAAUUUAAACAAUAGUUUAUUUUGUUACCUACUGGAAGAACUCUUGUCUUGAAUUUGUUUCUUUAGAAGUUCUACAUGAAAUUGUUUAAUGUGUUAAUAAAAGUCUGCUUUGCUAAAGUAGUUCUGCAGUUCUAAA